AUGAGAAAUUUGGAGCGCCAAAUGGGACAUCUUGCCAGUGCUCAAAACACUAGACCAGUUGGAGCUCUUCCCAAUGACACUGAAGCUAAUCCUAAGGCAUCCCUUAAUGCCGUGUCGUUGAGGAAUGGGAGACAAUUAGAAGAAGUUCAGUCGAAAAAGAGAAAACAGGUGAAUUUUGAUGAGAUGCCAGCCACUAUAGAAUCAACAUCAGAAAAAUCUAAGGAGUCAGAGAAGCCAACUGGAGAGGCGGUGGCUGAGCAACCCCCACCAUUGGCUGCAAGGCCACCACCUCCGUUCCCUCAAAGAUUGCAGAAAGUAAAGGAUAACGCCGCAUAUAAAAAGUUUCUUGAUAUUUUGAAGCAGGUGCAAAUUAAUAUUCCAUUGUUUGACAUCUUACAAGAAGUGCCCAAAUAUGCAAAGUAUAUCAAGGACAUAGUGGCAAAUAAAAGGAGGCUGACCGAGUUCGAAACUGUGGCACUCACUGGGGAGUGUAGCUCAAGAAUUCAAGGCAAGUUACCUCGGAAAUUGAAGGAUCCAGGUAGUUUCACUAUCCAAAUCUCGAUUGGUAAACAUGCAGUUGGGCGAGCUUUAUGUGAUCUUGGAGCGAGCAUCAAUUUGAUGCCGCUAUUUGUGUUCAGAUAG